AUGUCGAAAGUUAACGUCCCUCGCUGGCCUUCCACGAGCACUGACACGCAACGUCUCGCCGAGCCCAUUGUCUUCCCAUACUCCAAACGCACUGCGCCAAAUCGAUUUCUCAAGGCCGCUACGUCUGAACACUUGGCAAGUUUUGAUGCAGUGAACGUAGAAAAGCGUGGGAUUCCCUCGCCAGAGUUGAUACAUCUCUACUCUAUCUUUGGCAAGGGUGGCUGGGGCCAAAUACUUACCGGAAACAUUCAAAUCUCGUACACGGACCUCGAAGGGCCCGGUAACGCGAUCAUUCCUCCCGACGCUGAGUUCUCGGGGCCCCGUUUCGAGGCCUUUGCUGCACUCGCUGCGGCAGGGAAAAGCAAUGGGAGUUUGAUCGUGGGACAGGUCUCUCAUCCUGGCAGACAAGCACCAGAAGCUCUGCAACCUCACCCUAUUAGUGCCAGUGCAGUCCAGCUCGUUACGCCCGGCAAUGGCCCCUUCGGCGUUCCGCGUGUGGCAACUAGACAAGACCUCGAUAACGUGAUCGAGAGUUUCGCUCACGCAGCGGAAUAUUUGGAGCGGGCUGGGUUCGAUGGGAUAGAACUUCACGGUGCCCAUGGAUACCUUCUCGCACAGUUCUUGAGUCAGGUUACAAACCAGAGGACGGAUGAAUAUGGAGGAAGUCUUGAGAAUCGAAUGAGGCUCGUUCUAGAAGUCGCAGCCGCUGUUAAGAAGCGUGUCAGCGAGCGCUUCGUCUUGGGCAUAAAGGUGAACUCGGUGGAGUUCCAGGAAAAGGGAUUCACGUCUGAGGAGGCUGUUGCCCUUUGCCAGGCUCUUGAAAAAGCUGGGUUCGAUUAUGUCGAAACCUCUGGCGGAACAUACGAGGACUUUGCAUUUGAGCAUAAGAAAGACAGCACAAAGAAGCGCGAGAAUUACUUCGUCGAAUUCGCUGAAAGGAUUCGAAAGGCUGUGACUCAGACCAAAGUGUACACUACGGGGGGUUUGAGGACCGUGGGCGGAAUGAACUCAACGCUGGAGGGUGUUGAUGGGGUGGGAAUUGGGCGAGCUGGAAUACACGAGCCCUUGUUCGCGAGUGAUCUCUUGUCGGGAAAAAUCACCGGCGCCAAGAAGCUAGCACUUUCCGAAUCGGACUUCCCCGGACAACUUCGAUUAGCCAGCUAUUUGAUUGGUCUGAUAGGUCGCGGUGAAGACUUACCUGACGUGACUGAUCCGAAGGUUACAGAAGGAAUACUUGCCAAGAUGGCGACGCCACAAUGA